AUGUGGUCCGUGAUCCUCGUCCUGCUGUCCCACCUGGACGGAAACUUCGCGAAGGGCCACUUUCUCGUUCUCCCUCUGGAUGCAGAGAGAGGCGGCAAGGAGGUGUUUUACAUGCUCAACAGCACCUUCUGCGCCAGGAGCUCCAGCGCGGGAGGGAACUACAUGAUCCGGCAGGUGUCGGACGGCAUCGAGGAGGUGCGAUCUGUCCACGACCCCGCGGGAAACCUGCUGGACUGUUCCGUCACCAGCAACCCGAUGGAAGUGAAGUCCUUCAUGCACGUGUGCCGCCUGGGGCUCAAGGAGCAGAGGGGCAGGCGCGCUGCUUCCGAGCGGAGUCGGGCGAGCGUGGCCGAGGCGAAAUCGCAUUGCCGGGCGUUCCACGCUCAGAGGAGGUCGAAGCGAACCGAGCGCUCCGCCGCCGGCUCCUCCAACUCGCCGGCCGCUCCCAGCGCUUCGGUGCCGGAGAGCAGGAGCAGGAAGGGCACAGAGGGUCCCGAAUCCGGCCGCGUCCCGCGCAGAACCAAGCGCGGCUUCACCUACCCGGGGACACUGUGGUGUGGAGCAGGCAACAUCGCGGACAGCUACGACCACCUGGGUGAAUUUGCAGAGACGGACAGUUGUUGCAGGAUCCAUGACCACUGCCCAUAUGUCAUCCAGGCCUUCUCCCACAACUUUGGUUAUACCAACUUUAAAUGGCAUUCCAUCAGCCACUGCAACUGCGACAAUGCGCUGAAGGACUGCUUACGAAAGGUCAAUGACACAUCCUCCCGGGUGGUUGGCCAGGCAUUCUUCAAUGUAAUUGAGGUGCCAUGUUUUGACUUCACAUAUGAGGAGCAGUGUGUGGAACGCCACUGGUAUGGAAUGUGCAAGAGAUAUGACAACGUCCCUGUGGCUGUGAUGAAAGAAUCUAUACCAUAUGACUUUGGGGGCAUAGAUGUCAUUGACAAGCUGACGAUAGCACCUCGAGUACUGAAAGCGAAGGAAGAUGGAGAGGGGUUGGAGACCACCACCCCGGUACCAGCAUCAAGCCUUCAGAGCACAACCCAUGAUGAGCCCUCCAUUGGGAGGGUUGUUACGGCAGCAGAAGAUUUCAUUAAGGUGCUUGCCACUGUUUCCACCUCUCACAGCUCCACAGUUGAGGCUGCUAAAGAAGAGGUGUCAGGCACCAACAGAAAGAACAGAAAGAAGAAGAAGAAGAAGAAGAUGGGCAAGAAGAAAAAAGGCAGCAAGAAAAAAGGCAAGGGGCGGAAGCGAAAGCAGAGAGUAAACACCCUUGCCAAAGUGGAAGAGGCCACCAGCGUGACUCCGACAGGUCCCAAAAUGAAGGAUGUCAUUGACAACAGUCUUGCAAACAAUCCCACUUAUGAUGGGCACAAGGUGGAGCAAAGUUUGAACACCUUUGAUAACAGCCUGGCAGGUGUGCAAGACAAAGGAGAGCUUUCUAAUGAACUUAUGAAAGAUGAACCCCAAAGACAGUCAGAUAACACAGUCAUCAGUGCCGUCACCUCUGCUGCUGCUCUUCUGGUUGAGCCUGAAAAGCUGGAGUUUCACAAACUUCAGCACCAAAGAGGAAAAGGCCAUCUCUCCUUGAUGGGGAAUGCAACAAAAAUGAAUGUUGUACAGCUCAACAGGCAAAAGUCAGCAGAAACACAAGGAGCAGGGACAAAACAAAAAACAACUCCUGAACCUGCAACACCAAGUUCCAGUACCACAGCCACAGAUAAAACCCAAAAAAACACAAGGUACAAUACAGAUACUACCCCCUCAGCUAUCUUUAAUGGUGACACUAAUUGGGGGUUUGGACCCCAAAAGUUACAAAGUCACAAAAUAAAAGGAUUGUUGACUACAACUGCCAACACACCCAAUGUGAACUUUCUCAAAAAUACAAUGCACAAGCUCAAAGACAAACAAGGGAAAAAGAACAGAGGAAUUCCUCUUUCCAUGCUUAAUAUUACUAAUCCCAGUGCAACAAAAAUCCAGACAACCACAAGUUACAUCUCUGGCACCAAUGCCUCGCCCUCCUCUAACAUCCGCAGCGGUGGGACGGUUGAGCUAAAAAGCUCAGAGAGCAAAACCAAACAAGAUUUUGUGACAAUGUCCACAGUGCCCACUUUCAAUGUUACUCAAGUAAAGCAGCGUAAGGGAAGACGGGGACGAAGAAGAGGGAGGAAGAUCACUCCCACUUUAAGCAGUGUUGUGCCUUCUGUUUAGGUUGCUACCUGCACAGAUCUAAAGAGAGAAAUGAUGUAAAUGGUGAAAGUAACAAACUGUAUG